AACGAAUGUCAAUUGAUGAAAUGCAUUAACUGCAUUUUGAGGAUGGACAAAGGAAUGGGCGAAAAACUGGCCGCGAUAUAAAGCGUAAAUGGUACAAAAGGAAAUACGCAAAUUGAACUGUGAGAGGAUUUUUGUAACAUUUUGCGGAGCAGAGCAUGUCUCUGCGGUUUAUCUGUGUCGAGGUGCGCCACAAUCUGCGCUGUGCUAAUGUGUUCCUCCAGUUUGACCAUAGCCUAACCGAAACAGAAUUUUUAAAAAUUGUCGUGGAAAAUGAUGCACUAACCUUCCGUGAAUACUCCACCGCUACAUGUGUCUCGCUUAGCAAAUAUUUUACCGCUGAAGCGCGCACUAUAAGCAAUUUGACAGUGGAAGAGUGCAAUGCCAGUUUUCGUUUAACAAUUACCACUGAUAAUGAUGAAUUUGUUGCUGAGAAUGGAGCAAAACGGGUGGAUAAUAAACGAAGGGUCUAUGUGACACCCAAACCCGACGUAGUAGAGGGGUGUCAGCUAUUAGUUUUAUGCAAGAAUUGUAAAUGUGAGCUCAGCACCACACUUGAAUGCCAAAGAGUUAGGGAGUUUCCAUCGGGCUCGAUUGACAUGAACGAAUUUUUCUGUCAUCAUGGCCCUAAAUUUGACGAAGUUCUGAUACCACAGCUUACUGACUUCUUCUAUGGCUUCCAAUUUGUUGUACUUAAUGUAGAGUUAAUGCAGCAGCGCGUGAAAUUUAAAGACGGGCAUGUUUACUGUCGACGAUGUUUGCAAUAUUUGGGCGAAACGAUGUUCAGCGAUAAGGCAGUAAAGAUAUGGAACGAUACAUUGCUCUCUAAACGAAUACUAGGCGAGAAUGAGGCGGAUGCAAUCAAAAUAUUUAACGACGCAGAAAUGACACCAACUUGCCAGCUUCUACAUAAAAUCAUUGACGAUACCCAAGUGGCUGAUGCUGGCGUGGACCUACUACUACAAAAGAUGCAUUUCUCCAAGGUGCUGCUGGAGGCCACUUUUCCCAAUCGGCAACGUAAAUACUUGCUCUUGCAAGUGCUCGAAAAAGAACUGCAGGUUCUGCGUAACACAAAGCCCUUAGCUCACGGCAGCCAUAAUAAUAAUAAUGUAUUGCACGUGGAAUUGGAGCCGUUCAAAUGUUUCAAACUGCUUUAUAAACUAUUGGACGAGACGGAAGAUGAAGGUGGAGGAGUGAACAAAUCAGAAGAUAGAGAUAGCGGCGAUGCCAGUAGCGGUACUAAUGACAGUUUACUACUGCAGAGUUGGAAACAGGAUAUAUCUAUACAUACACUCAAGGUGUCACCUACAAUAUUUAGUACGUUACUGGACGAGUUGGAUGACAAUGCACUACUGCUACCCGAAUUGUACCGCUAUACCCAUGACCAUUUUCAGUUGAGUUAUGUCUUUUAUAAAAAAUAAGGAGAAACAAAAAAUAAUGGACUUCACGAAAAAUUUCACGAAACAUAUGACAAGAAUAGAAUGGAAUACUCUGCAGCUUGGUUUAUAUUGUUUAAUUAUCUGCUUAAAACGCAUUUUUAUAAGUAUAUAUUUGAGUGUUGAUGUGUAUACAUACAUAUUUAUUUAUAUUCACGAACUUGUAAUACGUUUACAUUGCUAAGAUUGUAAUCAAGUAAUCAACAAUUAAAUAGUAUGAUUUGUCUCUAAUUUUAAAUCGAUGUAGGAUCAGAAAAAUAUAUAGUCAUAAUUGCGACAAUUUAAGGUACUCGAUAAGUAAAUACUCGGUAUUUAUAUAUAUGAUAUAAACAUUGUAUAUAUGUCAUCAUAUAUAUAUAUGUAUAUGCCAUUAAAGAUUUACGCUUUAACAUUAAUUACCAAUAAUUCGCCCAAGUAUUUUAGACAAAAGAAAGUGUGUUCAUAACGCUGAAAGCGAUGAUGUAUAAGAAUGUGAAUAAAAAUGUAAUGUUCGAAAAGUUUGUAUCUGCAUGGAAAGGAUAAA